UGGUUAUUUGGAAAACGAGUCAGUAAGCAAGAAGGGUCUUAUGAGUUCAACAUCACUUCAUGAUGCUGAACAUAUCAUACCAAGGUGGUAACCAGAGCUUUGAAGAAGCAACGCUUUGUUGCAGGCAUUUAGACGUAUUUUUCAGCAAAGCCGAUAGCGAUGUCAUCCUGUUGUCAGACACAAUUGUCUGUGUGAUUAAUUCUGUGUUUAGCGUAAUCGCCGUGUUCGCCAACAUACUCAUCUUGUACGCUUUGUACAAAGCCUCGUCGCUGCACUCUCCAUCUAAAGCGUUACUAUGCAGUCUCGCUUUGUCAGAUCUGGGAGUCGGUGCUAUAGUACAGCCAUUAUUCGUGGUCUACAGAUGGGCACAGAUCAACGGAAUUCUUCACAAAUAUUGCAAGGAAGGAAUUUUCUCUCAUAUCGAAGGAAGUCACUUCUCGGCUGUUUCAUUUCUUACAAUGGCAGCUAUUAGUAUCGACCGGCUCCUUUCGCUGGUCCUUCGCGUACAAUAUCAUUCCACUGUCACCCUAAGAAGAGUUAUUUUCCUGCUAGCUUUAAUUUGGAUAAGCGGAGGCUUAUGGUCGUCAUUUUGGACCAGAAAACAGGAUUUAUACUCGCUUAUAGGCAUGAUACAAAUUCCAGUCUUUUUUUCCAUAACAUUCUGCGCUUACUUAAAAAUCUACCUCUGCCUUCGCAAGCAAGCUUGUAGGAUGGGAAGGCACGUGAACCCACUGAAAUGCAUCAGAAAAACACAUGGUAUGAAUUUCGCUCGCUACAAGAAGUCUGUAGUGAGCAUGUUUUACCUAUUUUGCGCUUCAGUGGUCUCAUUUCUGCCAUAUCUUUGUCACAAAGUUGCAGUAGCCAUUUCUGGAUGGAAUACUUCAACUUCGGUUUUGUUUAGCUUUGCUCUCACCAUGGUUUACGUGAACAGUUCUGUGAAUCCUUUGAUAUACUGCUGGCGGAUUUCAGAGCUGAAGCAAAUUGUACUUAAUGUUCUCUGUCGUAACCGUUCAGUAGUGAAAGAAGUCAAGUUCGUAACCUCUAGAGACCAAGUAAAAAUUCGGUCUUAGAGUAGCUCAAAGUGAUGAUUUCCCGCACUUGAAGACAAUUCUGGGAUAUGGAUCAACAUACCAGAGAUUAUUCUCCCAGCGUUACCUCCGUGAUGUCACAGAAAGAGAUGUAAUUGCAAACUACUUUACUAACUGAUUUUAACAACCCGGUGCCUCAGGUUAGCCGUAAAAAUCUUGGAUCUACAAACACGGCUUUUUAGGAAAAGUAUUCUUUAUGUUGGUCUUUCUCUA